CACACAUCCCCUCAGCUCCUGCAUUCCAUCAGUGCGUAAAUCAGAGGUUAGACCUUUUCACGUCCAAGCGCUCAUUCUCUGCGCCAAGGCAACGGUUGAUCUGGGAUAAUCUAAACCCGACCGUCUCUAAUCCGGGUUAGUUUUUUUGAUAUAUGCAUGUUUGUUUGUGUCUGAGUUGAAUAGCUACCUGUCCCAUCCUCCGGUCCGCGGUGCGUCGUGUCCGGGCAGCAGCGUCCCCAGUUUAUCCAUCUCCAGUGGAGCCAAGUAGAGCAGCGGGUGAACGUUCUGGAAACUCGUGAUAAUCAGAGUGAAAAUGGGAAACCUUAGAGCAUUGAGCUGCUUCAUUCUUUUGAUCCUCGUGGUUUUCACCACAGCAAGACCAAAAUCAGGUCCAGAUCAGAAAUGUAAGUCUGGUCCUGUGGAUCUGGUCUUCCUUAUUGACAGCUCCCGCAGCGUAAGACCACAUGAGUUUGAGACCAUGCGGAAGUUCAUGAUCGACAUCCUGAAUACCCUGGACAUUGGACUCGACAGCACAAGAGUGGGAGUCGUUCAGUACUCCAGCCAGGUGCGCAAUGAGUUCUCCCUGAAGACCCACAGCAAGCUGGAGAACAUGGUGAAAGCCAUCAAUGAGAUUGUUCCACUAGCUCAAGGCACCAUGACAGGCCUCGCCAUCAGAUAUUUGAUGAACGAAGCUUUCAGUCCCGGGCAGGGAGACAGACCAAAGGUGUCCAACGUGGCAGUGAUUGUGACAGAUGGACGUCCUCAGGACCGUGUGGCAGAGGUGGCAACUGAGGCAAGAGAAAAAGGCAUUGAGAUCUAUGCUGUGGGAGUAGCAAGAGCCGAUAUGACAUCACUAAGAGCCAUGGCCUCCCCACCCUUUGAAGACCAUGUCUUCCUGGUUGAAAGGUUUGACCUCAUCCACCAGUUUGGACUACAGUUCCAAGACAAGCUCUGUGGUAUUGAUCUGUGUUCUGAGUCUGAGCACGGCUGCGAACAUCUCUGUGAAAGCACGCCAGGAUCCUACAUCUGCCACUGCUUGCCUGGAUACAGACUUAAUGCUGAUGGGAAAACAUGCUCUGCCAUCGACCUGUGUGCAGAGGGAAAGCACGACUGCCAACAGAUCUGCAUCAGCUCACCUGGUUCCUUCACCUGUGAUUGCAACCGAGGCCACCAGCUGAAUGAUGAUGAGAAGACGUGCUCACCUAUUGACCUGUGCGCUGAGGGAAAACAUGACUGUCAACAAGUGUGUGUCUACAUGGGCCCGGGUUUCUUCACCUGCGACUGCAACGAGGGAUACAGACUCAAUGAGGAUGAGAAGAGCUGUGCACCCAUUGACCUGUGUGCUGAGGGAAAACAUGACUGCGAACAAGUCUGUGUCAACAUGGGCCCUGGCAUCUUCACCUGUGACUGCAAUGAAGGAUACAGACUCAACGUGGACGAGAAGACCUGCUCACCCAUUGACCUGUGUGCUGAGGGAAAACAUGGCUGUGAACAAGUGUGUGUCUACUCGGGCCCGGGCGUCUUCACCUGCGACUGCAACAAGGGAUACAGACUCAACCUGGAUGAGAAGACCUGCUCACCUAUUGACCUGUGUGCUGAGGGAAAACAUGGCUGUGAACAAGUGUGUGUCUACAUGGGCCCGGGGGUCUUCACCUGCGAGUGCAACGAGGGAUACAGACUCAAUGAGGACGAGAAGACCUGCUCACCAAUUGACCUGUGCGCUGAGGGAAAAGAUGGCUGUGAACAAGUGUGUGUCUACAUGGGCCCGGGCGUCUUCAGAUGUGAAUGCACCGACGGAUACAGACUCAACGUGGAUGAGAAGACCUGCUCACCUAUUGACCUGUGCACUGAGGGAAAGCAUGGCUGUGAACAAGUGUGUGUCUACGUGGGCCCUGGCAUCUUCACCUGCGAGUGCAACGAGGGAUACAGACUCAAUGUGGACGAGAAGACCUGCUCACCCAUCGACCUCUGUGCUGAGGGAAAACAUGACUGUGAGCAGGUCUGUGUGAACAUGGGGCCGGGCAUCUUCACCUGCGACUGCAACAAAGGAUACAGACUCAAUGAGGAUGAGAAGAGUUGCUCAGCCAUUGACCUAUGUGCGGAAGGGAAGCAUGACUGUGAGCAGAUCUGUGUCAGUGCACCGGGCGUCUUCACAUGUGACUGUAACAAAGGAUUCAAACUCAACAGGGACAAAAGGACUUGCACAAACAUGGACAUGUGCAACACAGUGAAGCAUGGCUGUGAGUACCAGUGUGUUAACACCCCUGGAUCCUACCACUGCAUCUGCCCUGAAGGACAGCUACUCCAGGAGGAUGGCAAAACUUGUGGCACCUGCAAGUCAUCAAACAUCGACCUGGUGCUUCUGAUCGAUGGCUCUAAGAGUGUCCGCCCUCAAAACUUUGAGCUCGUCAAAAAGUUUGUUAAUCAGGUUGUGGACUCACUAGAUGUGUCUGCUCGUGGUACCAGAGUUGGUCUGGUUCAGUACUCCAGCCGGGUCAGGACCGAGUUCCCACUCAGUAUGUACCACACUGCUGAAGACAUCAAAGCUGCAGUGUUGAAGGUUGAUUACAUGGAAAAAGGAACAAUGACGGGUCUGGCACUGAAGCACAUGCUGGAAAACAGCUUCUCAGAAGCAGAAGGAGCUCGUCCAGCCAGUCACAACAUCCCCAGAGUUGGUCUGGUUUUUACAGAUGGAAGAUCCCAGGAUGACAUCAGCGAGUACGCCAAGAAGGCUAAAGAAGCAGGAAUCACCAUGUAUGCUGUUGGCGUGGGCAAAGCAGUGGAAGAUGAGCUGCGUGAAAUUGCAUCAGAACCUGUGGAGAAACAUUUCUAUUACACAACUGAUUUCAGUGCAAUCAACACCAUUGCUGAGAACCUCAAACUUAAUGUGUGCCCAGCUGAAAGUCAGGGGGAGGUCGAGGUGAAGGAUCCUUGUGCCUGUGAGAACCUAGUGGAGUUCCAGCAGGCCACAAUGAACAGUUUGGAUCAGCUCACACAAAAACUGGCUUCAAUGGCCGCCCGUUUGGAGCAACUGGAGAACCAGCUCCUAUCAAGGAAGUGAAGUGGUCCAAAAGAUGACCAAACAGAAAAGCACACAGGAAACUGGAGGAAAAAGAAGAAGAUGACUGAUGCUGGAAAAAAAUCAUUGUAGCAGGAGCAAUGAGUGUUUCUAGGAGAAGCUAGAAACCCCUCAGAUAAUACAGCUGGCUUUACAACAUCCUGGGUGCUUAGAAACUCAGGAAAGUGAGUGAGGUUGUGGCACCAAAUCAUUUGUAGCUGUUAAUGGUAUAAUAAAACCAGCAUCACUAACUACCUAUAUACAAUAUAGCUGUUAUAGAGCUAUAUUAAAAAAACAAAAGUUAAUUAACGGCUCAAAAUAUACUCUCUUAUUAUAAAUACCUUUAUGUAUUUUACAAUUCAAUACAUGCAUUGGGUGACAUUUGUUAUUGGUUUCUUCUUAAAGUGCAGCACUUCACUCUAAGCAGGUGGUCUUUUUUGUAAACUAGAUUUAAUGUUUUUACUGUACAUGAGCAAUCAGUUUAAAACUGAACAAUCACCUUCCUUCAUAGUAACAGACUUCUCUCAGAGCCCUUCUUAUAUGGGAUUCUUUUUUUUUUUUUUUUUACAGUUUUAGAAACAAUUUAUUUAUUGCAGGUUUUGUUUUGUUUUUUUCUUCAUUUUUUAACCAACAGCAAAAACACAAAUUAAAAAAGGACAGGCGCGAUUUAGAGAAAUCAAGUAAUAAUACCACUUCUGUUAUCUCUCUGGUUUGUUUCAUAUAAAACCAUCUUUCUUAUCUUUUCAGAAAAUCCUCAGACCAGAUUAGCUUUUCAGAGUUGGAAAUAAUUGAAUAGUUGACAGUUUUUUAAAAUAAAAAAAGGGAAUUUAAGAAAUGUUGAAUCUUAUUGUUUACUGAAGCUGUGGUGUUUAUUCAGUAAAGGAAUCUGCAAAUGCUUUAGGACUUACUUCUGUUUGUGGUUUUCUACUUUUUCAUAUAUCCUCAAAUAUAAUAUAUAUUAAAAAAAAAAAUACAUCAUUUGAUUUUAGAAGCUUCUUAUAAAUCUUCUGCUAGCAUAGAUGUUUAAUUUGUUGGGUUUGUACUAAAAUAUACCACCAUGCAUUUAUAGUUCUUAGUUUUUGGAAAUCUGUAUAUGAAUUUUGUAUAUUUUCUAAUAACUGCUUUUGUAUUUUACUAAUGAAUCUUUCUAUUCAACCAAAGAGGGAAAUAAAUGAAUAAACUUUUUACAGAC